AUGUCGAAAUACAAACCUCUCCCAUCCGAACAAGACGAAGCUCUCCUGCCUCUGCCUCCCCCCCCUCCUCGAUGGCCUAGGAAACCGUCCCCUUCCACCCUCGUCAUCUCGAUUCUCUUUGUCUCCUUGGUCCUCGCCACGGGCCUCACCACGAUCAUCCUCAGUCUAGGCCUGCACAAGAAGAUGUACCAACACCGGUAUCUCUUCUCCUCCUCUCUCGAUCUAGAUGUGCCCGCGCGAGAGUCAUUAUUAUCCUGCGGGAACUCCCUGGCCGAAGCAGAAGUAGGAUGCACUCAGCCUACUACUUCACCACGUACCGCGAACAUCUAA